AUGGCACGAUUCCAGGACAUUGGCAAAUCUGUUGUCUGGGCAUUGAUAUCUGCUGCACUUUCCCAGGCGAGCUCGGUUGUUGAAAGAUCUAGUUUCGGGAAUGGACGACGGAUAUCCCAUGGCGGUGCUGGCUUGACAGGAUGGCUGGUGUCUGGCUCAGAUCUUUGCCUUACUAUCCAGCUGUCCGAUAGAAUUAUCUUGACUCCUCCGUACCCCGGCAACAAACGAGGCGCAUUAUGGGCUGAAGAAAUAAUACACGACCCGGAAUGGAGUGCGGCAUUCGACUUCAGAGCAAAUGGCGAGGAAAGGAGCGGCGGUAACCUUCAGGUCUGGUCUAGCGCCAAUGUCGACGGUCUUGCAUUUGGCCACUGUGAUUAUCAAUACCGCAAUCUAGGACGACCAUCGAAGCUGCAGAUAAAACAAUCAACGCGGGAAUUCGAGGUGUUGAUCGACGGAAAUACCUGCUUCAAGACAGCAAAGGCCUUCGUUCCCCCCGGGAAUGUGUUCGGUAUCACAGCUGCGUCGGCAGAAAGCCCUGACUCCUUUGAAGCCUUCCGCUUCGUUGCUACCUCUCAAUCUUCGAGUGAAGCCAACCGAAAAAAGGAGAGGAACUAUGAAGCUCAACAUAGACCUCCACCAGCCAAGGAUGAGAAAGCCCCUAGUGGUGGUAACAUUGAUGGGCAGGUUAAGGAUCUUCAAAAUCGACUUCAAACAAUUUCCAGCGCAACUACCAAGCUGAUGGAAGAAUUGCAUGCGCUAUCAGCUACCAAUGCGGAUCGGAUGAAGGAAAUCAUCCGUAUCAUUGCACACCGUGAUCAAGUGAGCAGUGUAGACCAGAGAAUUCAGAGAAUAGAGCGAAUGGUCGAGACUAUGCAGAGAGAAAUAGAGCGCAAGGAUUACCAACACCAGUUCAAGCAAUUACAGGAUUUGCUACACAACUCCCAUUCUGGCCUAUUGGAUAACCUCCAGGAGUCAUCUCAUCGCAUCCUCUCCUCGGCCCCACGCAUGGGCUUUUUCAUCUUCCUCAUCAUUGCCGUCCAGCUGCUGCUCGCAGCCGCUUACGUUCUCUACAAGAAACGUCGAUCAGGCAUGCCAAAGAAGUUCCUAUAA